AUUAAUAAUAAAAAAUUCAGAAAUAUUAUAUAAAAGCUAUAAGGAACACAAAUGACACUUAAAACCGUUAAACCAGGAGCCAUUUCUUUCUUUGAGCGACAGAGCGAGAGAAAUUGAAUAUACGAAGUUAGGGUUUUGUUCACAGAGAAAGAAGGGAGAGAGACAGAGAGAUAGAGAGUUAAUGGACCGUCUUCGUCCAAGAGAAAGGCAGGUCUUUUCUGGCUUUACAAAGGCUGAGAUUGAGAAAAUGGAGAAAUUGCUAAAGGAAUCAGGAGAACAGUUGCUGAACAGAGAAUUUUGUCAAAAAAUUGCACAAAGUUUUAAUCGCUCGUCUGGUCGUGCUGGGAAACCUAUUGUUAAAUGGGCUGAGGUACAUAGUUGGUUCCAAAAUCAGCAGCAAGAUGCCCGAGAUGCCUCUAAAAAUAUGCAUGUGCUCCCAAAAGCUAGCCCUCCAAACAGGAUGGACGGAAUCUCGCAGAUGCCCCAAGAAGAUAGUUCAAAAGCAGGAGAAAAGAUCCCAGACUUGUCAGAGUUGGAAUUUGAGGCAAAGUCAUCAAAGGAUGCGGCAUGCAGGUAUGAUGUUGAUAUGUUCGUUGCUCACAGAUUUCUUGGUACAGGUGAAGUUGAAGUUCGUGUCAGAUUUGUUGGAUUUGGUGCGGAGGAGGAUGAGUGGCUCAAUGUGAAAAAGGCAGUGCGGCAACGCUCUGUUCCUCUGGAGCAUUCAGAAUGUCAUACAGUGAAAGUUGGAGAUGUCCUUCUCUGCUUCCAGGAGAGAAGAGAUCAAGCAAUCUACUAUGAUGCUCGUGUUUUAGAAAUCCAAAGGAGACUCCAUGAUAUAAGAGGCUGCAGGUGUCUUUUCUUGAUUAAGUAUGACCAUGACAACACUGAGGAGAGAGUUCGUUUGAGGAGAUUAUGUCGAGUGCGGUAAAUCUUUUGGCUAAUCUUUCAGAUUGCAGUCAAUUCUUUUUUUUUUUUUUUCUGGGUGUGAGCUGCAUAGAAGCAAUUAGAGACUUAAAAAGAGGCAGUAUAUGAAAUACCAGGAAAUCUGUAUGAGAUGGCUCAGAUUUUGACAGCUCAGUCCAGGGUAAGGAUAUGAUACCUCGAGAAGCAUAUACAUAAGAGGCAUGUGCUAUGGUAGUAGCAUUGCACAUAAUUUUUCCGGAUGCAGACGGUAAUUUCAUUAUUGUACACAUUUUGCUUAUACGGUGUACACAUUGAUAUGGUUCUAAUGCAACCGCUUUUACCAAGAAGUGCAUUCUUCUUCCAUCCUCCCACCUUUUAAAAUUACUGUUGAAUCUGUUAGGCUCAUGUGGGACCCAUAUGAUCCAUAGAUUCCAAUAAUAAUUAAAUGGGAGAAGGAUUAGUAGAGAAGAAGCAUUUUCGAAUUUGUUGA